CCCAACAAAAAAAAAAUAUUGCACAUGAAAAGAACAGUUUACCUAUGGAACCUGAUGAUCCGGGAUUCCACCAAUUCUGCCCUUUUCACCAGAACUCUAGACCUCUAUUCUUGUAUGCUGCGAACUGGACUUCAUGGCAAUGACUUCACUUUCCCCUUGGUCCUCAAAGCCUGCUCCAACACUAACUCCUUACGUGACGCUACUAAGGUCCAUUCCCAUACCUUCCUUCUUGGAUUUCAAGCCCAUGUCUUUGUACAGACUGCUCUUCUUGACAUGUACUCAAAAUGCCAUCACCUGCCCUCAUCAAGGAAGGUGUUCGAUGAAAUGCCUGUGAGAACUGUCGUCUCUUGGAACUCCGUCAUCUCUGCUUAUUGUCGUUCUUUUUUGUUCCAUGAAGCCACUUUGCUACUUCGAGAAAUGCGGCUUCUUGGUUUGGAUCUAAGCUCCACCACAUUCCUGAGCUUUCUGUCUACCACCCCUAUUCAUCUUCGACAAGGCUUAUCUAUACACUGUUGCGUAUUUAAACUUGGACUUUUAAAUACCUAUGAUCACAUACCUUUAGCCAAUGCUGUGAUGAGCAUGUAUAUCAGGUAUGGUCAAGUCCAUGAAGCGCGUGCUAUUCUUGAUUCGAUGCAUGAAAUAUCAGUCGUUUCUUGGUCAACAAUUAUUGGUGGCUACGUAGAUACAGGGAAUGUCGAUAAAGCCUUCAGCAUGUUCAAUAGAAUGAGAACAAUUAGCACCAUCAACUCGGACUUUGUAGUGUUUAUAAAUCUCAUUAAAGGUUGUGCAAAACAAGGGAGUUUGAUGGCAGCUUCAUCGCUGCAUUCUCUCAUAUUCAAAUGUGGAUGUGAGAAUAAAGAUCCUCUGGACAACUUGCUACUCGGCAUGUACGCAAAAUGUGGAGACCUCAUCUCAGCUAGAAAAGUGUUUGAUAUGGCACUUGUAAAAACUGUUUUCUUGUGGACCUCUAUCAUUGGUGGGUACACCCACAUGGGUUAUCCUGCUGAAGCUUUACUUCUUUUUAAGAAGCUGUUGAAGACAGCUAUUAAACCGAAUGGAGCAACUCUGGCUACUAUCCUGUCAGCUUGUGCUGACUUGGGGUCGUUGGACAUGGGCAAAGAGAUUGAAGAGUACAUUUUGUCAAAUGGGUUUCAGUCAGAUAGGCAAGUACAAACCUCUUUGAUACACAUGUUCUCCAAGUGCGGAAGUAUAGGCAAGGCUAUAUCAGUGUUUGAGAGGAUAUCAGAUAAGGAUUUAGCUGCCUGGAGUUCCAUGAUAAACGGUAAUGCCAUUCAUGGGAUGGCAGAAGAGGCUCUCGGUCUCUUUCACAAGAUGCUAGAAAUAAAAGAAAUAAAGCCGGAUGCUGUUGUUUUUACAAGCAUAUUGUUGGCUUGCAGCCAUGUUGGAUUGGUUGAAGAUGGACUCAAAUUUUUUAAAAGCAUGCAGAAGGAUUUUGGAAUAGUACCCAGUGUAGAACAUUAUAUGUGCUUGGUGGAUCUUCUCGGCAGAGCUGGUCAGUUUGAAUUGGCUUUGAAAACCAUUAGAGUGAUGCCUGUCAAACUACAAGCUCAAGUUUGGGCUCCAUUUCUUAGUGCUUGCACGAAACAUUGCAACCUUGAGCUGGGGGAGCUAGCAGCUAGAAAGCUGUUAUAUAUGAAUCCUGGAAGCCAUGCUAAUUAUGUAUUAAUGGCUAAUUUAUACACGUCCAUGGGAAAGUGGAAGGAGGCCGCUGUAACAAGGAGCUUGAUGAUUGACAGAGGGUUGGUUAAAGCACCAGGUUGGAGCCAGGUAGAGAUCAAUGGUUCUGUCCACGUUUUCAUUGCUGGAGAUCGAUCACACACUCAGUCUAUUGAUAUCUACAAAAAGCUAGAGGAAAUAAAUUUAAAACUUGCAGAAGCUGGAUAUGUUCCGGAAACAGAUACUGUGAUUCAUGACUUGGAAAGGGAAGAGAAGGAGGAAGCAUUGAAAGUUCAUAGUGAGAGAUUAGCUAUUGCAUUUGGUCUCAUCAGUACUGAAGCAGGCUCAACACUAAGGAUUAUGAAGAAUCAUCGAACUUGUGUUGAUUGCCAUUCUGCUUUAAAAUUCAUCUCAAAGAUUACAGGUAGGCAUCUUAUUGUGAGAGAUGGUUCCCGCUUCCACCAUUUUGAAUCUGGUAAAUGCACAUGCAAGGAUUUCUGGUGAUUUUACUCAUCUGCUCCCAAAUCACUCUCUCGCUAAUUACAUGAUCUCGAAGUGAUAAAAAAAAAAAAAAAAAACCAUUGAAGAAAUCCCAGGAUUUCAGGGUGCACCUUGACAAGACAUUUUCAAUCGUUGUAUACUCUUGCAAUCGACAGAAAGUAGGGAUAACGAGGUCUAGAAACUUAACAGUUUCUGUAUCUUCUUUAGCUGAACUUCAGCCCAUCAAAAGGAGUCGAGCCACACACUUAGCCUGC